CCGCUCAGUGGUGCGACGGUUUCCAAGCGACUCAGAUCGGCGGAGAUAUACACGACAUAUAGCCCAGUCAUUGGCGAUAGUCAAAAUCGAAAGAAACCGAGGGCCGCCAACUAACCUAACAAGCUAACGGCACACUCGAGACGAAAGACAGUCGAUAAGAUUAACGUCAACUUAAUUAAAACUAUAGAAAAGAAAAGCCAGGCACCAAACAAAAGGCCGAUCGAUCAAUCGAUCGAUCCCAUCGUAACUCGACUAUACAGUCCUAGCCUUAGAUAAUAGCCAACUCGAGUGGCACUCGUUCAAGUGAUUUGUGAUUGUGGUUCAGUUAAGAACUGACUAAAGCCCUGGGAAAAAGUGUGUGAUUCAAGUUGGGAAUUUCCAAGAUCCCCAGGAUCUAAGGGAUCACAUUUGGCAUCGGAAUCGGAAUCGGAAUCAGAUACAGCUGCAGGAUGUAUGUGGCCAACACGACGGGCGGCCUAAUGCUGCAGACCAUGUUGUAUUUGGCCAACCACACCAGUCGGGCGGCAGUCAACACCCUGGUGGACCUACCACCAGCUCCCAAAAGUGGUAAGUAAUUCGAGCCACGAGCCCACUUUUGGCUACCACCGAUUGCACCACCCAUCGUAACUAGAACAUGUCCAUCGAAAGUGGCCCAAAAGUAUCUGCCACUUGAGCCACAGUGGCGGUCGAAAUAGGAGUAGCUAAGGGAUUUCUAGUGUUUCAAUGAAAUGAAAUUUUUACAAAUAUGUAGAACUAUUAUUCAAUAAUAAGUUAAAGAUUAGAAUAAAUACAAGAUAUCCCCACUUUAUAGAGUAAGAGAGUAGAGUAAUUGGAGCUAUUAUCUUGGCCGCAGCUGUGUCAUUUGGGCCCAGUUAGGGGCAACCUUAAGUGGUUUCUUUUGCUGAGUGUGCUGAGCAAACAGUUUUCGGAUCUUUAGUGCUUCGAAAUCCAAAGAUGCUGAGUGCUGCUCGCAUUAGCAAAUGGGGAAAGCUCUUUCAAGAAGCCCGCAGCGAUUGCGAUCACCUGAGUGAUGGAGGCACAGGUGGCAACUCGGCGUGCUUCAAUUUGAUUUGGAAAUCAGGGUCCCAAAAGGCUAAUGACGCGACUCCGUCCGGUGCGGUUUCAUAUAUGUACAUAUCGUGCGUACAUAUAUGUAGAUAUAUAAUAUGUAUUCAGUUGUUGGAGGGACGCGGCACACGCCUAUCUAAUCGAAAACUUCCGAUACAAACGGAAAGCCAAAGAAGACCACGAUAAAAUAGAGACGGCAAUCCAUGCACCACUGGCCAAAUAAAUUGAAGUCUUCUGGCCCAUAUGAAAUACUUAAUGGAACAUUACAGGCAUCUGACAUCUUGAAAAUUGUCUAAGGUUUUUUCAUGGAUCGUUAGGCUUUUUACCAGACCACAACAGUUCUAAUUGAGAUUUUGCAAAAGUUUAAAGGAAUAUUAAAAGAAGGCAGUUACGUUCAGAUUAAUGGUUUUAUAAUGCCUAUUAUAGUUUCAUGGAUUCAAAUUGCCCGAGUAGAUUAUUUUCAAGAUUUUAGCCUCAGUGGUUUUGAAUUAUAACUAUAUAUAAAACUAGUGAUAGUUGGUUAUUUGUUGCUAAAAUUCCAACCCGCUUAUCUCAGUUCAGGUGUUCGCCUGUUGAUUUAUAGACCAAACAUACCACAACAAACCCACUGAUUUUCCCCAAUCCUCGCCAGACAUCAACGAGGUAAAAUGCUUCGGAGUGUAUGGCUGUUUUCCGAUCAAUGGACCCUGGAACACGGUGACCCGUUCGAUAAAUGUGCAUCCGCAGAAGCCUUCGGAGAUCGAGCCCCAUUUCACACUGCACACGCGAAGGGCAUUGGAUCAGCCCAAGUAUCUGGAUCUCAAUGAUCCAGAAAGCGUUCAAGGCAUGGGAAUGAAUCCCAAGGGCAAGAUAUUCCUGCUUGUCCAUGGAUACCUGGAGUCCGGUGAAAUUCCCUGGAUGUGGGACAUGGCCAAGGCGCUGCUGGCCCACGAGCCCGAGGGUCGGGCAUCCGUGGUCCUCAUCGAUUGGGGCGGUGGCGCUAGUCCGCCGUAUGUCCAGGCGGUUGCCAAUAUCCGGCUAGUGGGCGCCAUCACCGCCCAUGUGGUGCACAUGCUGUACGAGGAGUUGCGUCUUCCGAAUCUGGACAAUGUGCACAUCAUUGGUCACUCACUGGGUGCCCAUCUGUCCGGCUAUGCCGGCUAUCACCUGCAGCACGACUUUGGACUGAAACCGGCCAGGAUAACGGGUCUGGAUCCGGCUGCUCCUCUCUUCACGGACACCGAUCCCAUCGUGCGGCUGGACAAGACGGAUGCCCACUUCGUGGACAUUGUGCACACGGAUGCCAAUCCCCUGAUGAAAGGCGGGCUUGGCAUCAAUAUGCGACUGGGACAUGUGGACUUCUUUCCCAACGGUGGUUUCGAUAAUCCCGGCUGCAACAAGAAGUUCCAGGAUGUGGUCAAGAAGAAGACGCUGUUCCUCACCAUGCAGGAGUUCCUCGGCUGCAAUCACAUUCGCAGUCAGCAGUAUUUUACGGAAAGCAUCGGCUCGCAGUGUCCUUUCCUUGGAAUAACCUGUGAUUCUUUCGAGAGCUUUAAGGACACGAAGUGCACCAGUUGCGAGGAGCCGGGCCACACGUGCCUGCGAAUGGGCUACCACAGCCAGGAGGAUUACCAGGAGCAGGUUGAUCUUGGCCAGCUGCAGCAAGGCGACUCACCAGGGGUCUUCUACCUAUGGACUGGAGAUAGCAAGCCCUUCUGCCGACUGCACUAUAGGAUAACAGUGCGAGUUUCCGGACACGAUGAGAGUACGCUACAUGGCGGCGAGGUGGGCAUCCUGUCCAUUCAGCUGCACGAUGCCCUGGUGAAGAAGGCUGGCAAAAAUGAGCGAGCCGCCACGGAGAUGAUGAAGUUCUCCCAGAAGGCAAUGUACUUUGAGCCGGGCUAUGAAUACAAAGCUUUGGUGGCCGGACGGAAUCUCCGAGAGCCGGAGUACGCGACUGUUAAUUGGGAGUACCCCACCAAUAUACUGAAUCCACUCACAUGGCGCAUCCUAUCCGCGCCGCGUAUCUACUUGGAGUACAUCCUCAUCGAGGCGAUGGAGUCCAGCGACCUAUACCUAAAGUUAUGUCCUCAGCACGAAGGAGCCAUUCUCACGGGCGCUGAAAAUGUCCUGCGCUCCAGCUAUUGCAAGGAUUAAUAUCAACCUGUUUACUUGAUAAUUUAUUGGCUAAUUGAUGAUAAUAUUAUCAUUUCAAUUAAUUGAUUAAUUAUCCACUAAAUUCGGAACUGUAUGUAAGCUAUAUCAUUACUUAAUUAGCUAAUUAAUUUGUAAUUUUGCUCAUGUCUAAUGAUUAAUUGGCUAAUUAAUUAAGAACUCAGCUCACACUUUCUCAGCACCCAAUAUGAUUGCGUAGAAAAUCAAAGAAAGCAGUGCAGGUUUGCGUCACCGCUAAGUUGUUUGCACAACCAGAAGUGGCACAGAUGCAGAUGCGUGUCUGCGCUGUGGGAACAGAUCGAAAAAGUGUUCCCAGUUUGACUUUUAUAGCAACUCGCUGAGAAGGAACAGUUUGUAUUUUAUUAUAGUAUUUUAAUAGUUCGAAAUACGAAACAAUCAUCAAACCGUUAUUUAUUUUAUAAAAUAAUAUGUUUCAUAUACAAUAUAUUUUUUUUUUUGAGUUAAAUGUAUUUGUAGUCGUAGUGCACUGAUGUAGUCUAAUUUAAUGUAAAUAAACAUGCAAAUAUAC